AUGUACGCCCACUACCCAUCGGGCACCUCAACACCAGUCAACGGCUAUCCCAUCCAAGUUCCCGCGGCUCCCGUCACUCCCAUGCCUCAAAAUAUGUACGGAGCAACGCCAUCAGCGACCGGAGCGCCUCCAGGAGCCCCCGGCCCUCACUACGUUGCUCAUCAAGCGACGGGCGGAAGUUUCCCGUCUCCACAAGUGCCUGAGGAAGACGUCGUGUCCCGUGUGAUCACCGCAUUCGACCAACAACACCACGACUACCGUACCCAAAACGUCGUCUGCGAUGUCGAUCCGGAGUCAUUGUGCCAUCUGACACGUGUCACCGGAUGGGAGUUAUUCUCGAAUCAGUUGGAUCCACUCGUCAAGACGAUCAUUGAAUUCGCGAAAUGUGUCGACGGAUUCAUGAAUCUCCCCCAGGAGACGCAGAUACAGUUGCUGAAAGGAAGUGUGUUCGAAUUGUGUCUCAUCUUUGCGGCAAUGUAUUAUAAUAUGGAUACGCAUGCCGUCUGUGGAGAGAGAUACACCAUUCCAUUCACAUGUUUUAGCACGGAAGACGCUGCUGAGAUGCACCUGAUCUCUGAAGUCCACCAAACGCUCCACGAAAUCGUCGCUCUCCAACCGAAUACUUCGGAACUGGCACUCCUCGCCGCCGGACUUCUUCUCGAACAAGCGUCAACGUCUUCUUCAUCUGGAAUCGGUUCACUCAUCGAUCCGACGACUAUCGCCACGGCGGAAGUGCUGAAGACGGCCCUUCAUCAGACAGUCGCAUCGAGACUCGGAUGUAUGGAGACGACGUUGAAUCGACUUCAAGCCGUCGAGUCGAGAAUUCGACAAACCGCUCGCUUGCAUCAGGAGGCUCUCCAAAACUUCCGACUGUCGGACCCACACGCAUCUGAAAAACUGCCGGAUUUGUACAAAGAGUUGUUCACAAUCGAUCGGCCUUAG